GCGCCAACACGCGCUUCUGCUUCCGGACGUCGGGGCAAGAAAGUCCCCGGGGUCCCCCGCAAUUUUGGGGUUCCCGCGAGUUCAGGUCCCCGCGAGUUCCGGGUCCGAGCCGUCUCGGUCCGCGCCGUCUCGGGGCGGGUGUCCAGCUGCUCCAGCUGUGCCGGGAGCGCACGGGCCGGACCGGCGCGGGGUCCAGGAGGAGCGGGGGGGCUUUCUGCGCGAAAAUGAGGAAGCCCGAUGGGAAGAUCGUGCUUUUGGGGGACAUGAACGUGGGAAAGACGUCGCUGCUGCAGAGAUACAUGGAGCGGCGCUUCGCGGACACGGUCAGCACGGUGGGCGGCGCCUUCUACCUGAAGCAGUGGCGCUCCUACCACAUCUCCAUUUGGGACACCGCAGGGCGGGAGCAGUUCCACGGCCUGGGCUCCAUGUAUUGCCGGGGGGCGGCCGCGGUCAUCCUCACCUACGACGUGAACCACCCGCAGAGCCUGGUGGAGCUGGAGGAGAGGUUCCUGGGCCUGACGGAGACAGCCAGCACCGACUGCCUCUUCGCCAUCGUGGGGAACAAGGUGGACCUCAGUGAGGAGGGGGCCUCGGAGGGCUGCGAGACGGAAGGGGCCAGCCCCGGGCCCGCGGGCGGCAAUGCGUCGUCCAAGGGGCCCAAGCAGGUGCGGCUGGAGGAGGCGGUGGCUCUUUACAAAAAGAUCCUGAAGUACAAGAUGCUGGAUGAGAAGGACAUGCCGGCCGCUGAGCAGAUGUGUUUCGAGACCAGCGCCAAGACCGGGCACAACGUGGACCUGCUGUUUGAAACCCUGUUCGACAUGGUGGUGCCCGUGAUCUUGCGGCAGAGAGCGCAGGGGCCGCCGCAGACCGUGGACAUCUCCCGUUAUAAGCCGCCCGGACGGACCAAAUCUGGGUGCUGUGCCUGACUCUCCGAGGCCCCCGGCCCCCAGUUUACACAGUUGGCAAGGCGUGGGACCAAGCGAGCUGUGGUCAGGAGCAUAGACACUCAAGGAACUCCUUUGUGCACCCGGAGGAGCAGAUCCGAGUGGAAAUGACAGCUAGUUAUUAAGAGAAGGUCAAUGUGCAUCGGCGCCUCUGCAUCCUGCGUUGGGCGGUGGGGAGCUGCAGGAUCGGGGUUCCUGGAGACCGUUGUCCCCGCGCUGACCCUUUCCUGACACCUUGGCCUGGAUGGAGGGUGGCUCGGGUGGGUGCGCACCCGUCUGAGCACCUGUACGACUUCCAUGCUUGUUGUUCUCAGACGUUUCUCUUCACUGUGACUUAUCUUUGGUCCUAUCAUUUGGAACUUGUAUCUGAUGCAUCACAAAGAUUCUCCACAUGCUAAUUUAUACCAAGUCAGGAAUCACUGUUUUUAUAUUGGUUGUAGCGGCGUGAACGACACAUGUUAUUAAAAAGAAUCUU